AUGAAUCACCUCGAGUCUCGUGCUUAUAAAUUCUGGAACUAUGCUCCAUCAAUACCAGCGGCACCCAUCAACUUAGUCGAAAUAAUAGGCUAUAUCGGCCGCUGCGUGGCGCAUAACAAUACCACAACCAUGGGACCGUAUAUCAUCGCCAACAUCUUCAUCCUGCUCGGCCCCACGCUCUUCGCUGCUUCGAUCUACAUAACGCUGGAACGGCUGAUCCGGCGGGUCCAAGGAGAGCAUCUUUCACUUAUAAGAGUGACACGUCUAACAAAGACGUUUGUCUGGGGCGGUAUGCUGUCCUUUGUCGUGCAGGGCAAUUCCUCGUCGCUCUCUUCUGCGAAGCCUGGAAUUCCCUGGGUGCGAUCGUUGCACAUGUUGUACGCUGUCAGUGCGCUGAUUCUGUAUGUCAUGGGGAAUGAUGGGUAUCCACUUGUUCAUGAAUGGACUAUGUAUAUCUUUGAUAGUGUGCCGAUGGUGGUUGUCAUGGUUAUUUUCUUCAUGUGGUAUCCUGAUCAAAUGAGCCUUGAUACCAAUCCUGAGGGAGGCAAACCACUUACUCAAAGUUAG